CGCUUUACAGCGUGAUUAAACGAUGUUUUAAUCCAAUACAUUUUAAUAUUUGGCCAAAUGCAGAAACGUUUAUACUUCUAUACAGAAAUCACGAUGUAGCUACAACAUGGCAUUUAGACAUAGGUUGACUUAUUCUCUUUGUUGGCAAAGGUUUAUAAAUGAUUUACAUUACAAAUCUAGUAAGAUAAUGCACAUUGUUUUCCCAGAUGAACUUUAAGCAAUUCUCACAGCAUAUACAGAGGAAGAGUUUAGCCCCUUUCACACAUACAGUCUUUACUGGUAAAUUACCAUUAGAUCAUACGUGAACAGGACCUUUUCAAAAAGCCCGGUAAAUUUGUUCUGGCAAUCAUAUUGUUCUUAUGGAGAUGACAUGAUUACUCUGAGCUGUUUACAAAGCUCCGCUGCUUUUUAAUUAUUUUUUUCCCAUGUAAAUAUGCGCUAGAUGGACUUUGACCAUCGCGCCUCGCAGCUUUUUGUCGCGCUUCUCCAUUCAUCAGGGCUGCGACUCUGCCUACUAUUACACGCGGCACGUCUCGUGUUUAUAAGAGCAAAAAAUUCUGAUUGGCUAGUAAUGUUAGUUUGGUUGAGAGUGAAAGCUGUGCUCCUCUCAUACCACUGGUAGGCGAACUCAUGAACUCCACAGUGAUACCAACAAGUUUUUUUUAAAUUUAGGAUUUUUUUUUUUUCACAGCCAAACGCUGCACGCCGGAGAUCCGGUGUCCUGACAUUUUAUCCUACCCGUCAGAUUUUCCUACCAGUGCUUACUGCACAUGCGCACUUCGAUAUUGCAUCAUUUUUGUCACGCUGAACAACACGCCCAUAAUUUUGUACUACUCGCGCGUGGAUUUCUUAAUGUAAGGUAACGUUAUGGAAGAUAAGUGGGAAUCGCUGUAUAAGCUCCUCUCAGUGGGAGCGUACCCAUCAGAGUAUGACAAGUCCAGAAGGCAGAACCUUCGUAGAUAUGCACUCAAAUUCAACCUAAAGGGUAGUUAUUUUGACUUAAAAUUUCAAUUAUGUUUAUUGCUAUCUUGAUCUUUCAUUUCCAGCAAUGCCAAACAAUGCCAAACGCCCUUUUAGUGUACUUCAGUCAUGUUUCACUUUAAUGUAGAUGGAGAACUUUUUUAUGGAAGUAGGAGAGUGAUCAAAACUAAAGAGGAAGCUAGGAUGAUCUUUGAAGAAUUGCAUUCCUCUCCAAUUGGUGGGCACACAGGGAUAGGUAAAACACGUGCUGCCAUCUGUGCCAGAUUUUACUGGUAUGGCAUGUGUGUUGACAUAGAAAAUUGGGUAUGUGUUAUUUUAUGUAGUUAUUUUAGUGUGUGUGUCAGCACAUAUAUAUGUGUGUAUAUGUAUGUAUGUUUGUAAGUAUAUAUUUCUUUCUGAUAGGUACUGGAAUGUGAUCUGUCAAAAGUAGGAAAGCCUUUGACUGCUGUGCAGACCUUACAGUGCAUUGAGUAAUGAAGGUCUGGGCUGCCAACAUCAGCGGUCAGGUAGAAGCAGUUGUAGGGCCAUAUAAGCUCUAUGACUCUUCUUUUUACUCACUGCAAGGGACCGAGUGGCUUUCUGAUGAAGUAAUUGAUGCAUACCUGCACCUGGUUAUUGAAAAACAACAGAACCAUGUCCACCAGCUUUGUGCAGUUGUUGCAUCUUCGUUGUUUUCUGGACAGUUCAGAUGCCUAAAGAAGAUGAAAUUCCCCAUUGAGGACAUUUGGCUGUGCCCUGUGAAUGUUGGAGCACACUGGAUUCUUGUGAUUAUCAUCAUGCCUGAAAAAACACUCCUUCUGAUCGACCCAAUGGGAAAUGAAGGUUCUUAUGAACGUAAAAUUCUGCGGAACUGGAGGAAUUUUUUAAAACUGAGAAGGUGUGAUGAGCAAACAGCCCAGUGGCAAUUACAGACCUUAAAACACAACCAGCAGAUGGAUUCCAGCAGUUGUGGAGUUUUGGUAUUGAAUUUUGCUGAACAAUACUUGCUGACAGGAACGAUCAGCCAUGUUCAGACUACGUCUGAAGCAGUUAGCUCAGCACGCAUGAAAAUAGCCUGCACACUUAGAUGUCGAGGUAAUGCGGAGGAGUACUGUGUGGUUUGCAGCAUGCUGGAAAACGAUCCCAACAAAAGCAUGAUUGAAAUGGUACAGUGUGAGAGCUGCAAUAGAUGGGCACAUUUUGAAUGUUGCAAAUUCAAAAAGAAUAGCCUAAAUGUGUUUAUGUGCAAAAAAUGUGUGGGGAACAAAUUAAUUCUUUAAAAUAAUUUAUGAAUAUUGCGCUGCGUAACUUGAAUCAGAUCAUUCUGCAGCACUAUGUGGUCUUAUUUUGUACAUAUUUCUAUUAAUAAUAGCUGUUGAUUUGCAUAUUUUUUAUUAUGUGCCUCUGUGUUGUAUGAUUUUGAACUUUUAAAAUGAAUUUGACUGAAUGAAUGUAUUUCACUCUUUUUCAUCUUGUUCUGCAUUAUUAUACAUCAUCUCAAUAACUAAUCUUUCAAAUGUAUAUUCAAAUUUAAAAUUCAAUAAAAUUCAAAUUUAUAUUUAUAUUAUCAUAUGUUUUUAGGGUGAGUUUGUAUAACAUCUGUCCAAGAACUACAGAUUUAAAAACUGGGACAAUCUGAUGAGGUAUUUUGCGCUGUAAAAUUAUCCUACCUGUGUAUUUUAAUAAGGUAUUUUGGGCUGUAAAAUCAUCCUACCUGUGUAUUUUAAUAAGGUAUUUUGCGCUGUAAAAUCAUCCUGUGUAUUUUAUAGUGGUAGGACAAUCUGAUGAGGUAUUUUGGGCU